GUGGCUCAUCCCGCACUCAACCUUCAUCAUCUUCCUCUGCCCGCCCGAGUUGCCUUGCCACCGCAGGACGGCAGCAUGGCUCUCACCCGCCUCAUCGUCGUCGUCCUCCUCGGCGCCGCAUUGCCUCUGCUCUUCUUCUUCUUCUCACGUGCAGAGGCGGGUGCGCUGGGCGUCAGCUACGGGAGGGUGGCGAACGACCUGCCGGACCCGGCGUCGGUGGUGAACCUGCUCAAGCAGAACGGCAUCACCAUGGUCAGGAUCUACGACGCCAACCAGAAGGUGCUGACGUCGCUGGCCAACACCGGCAUCAAGGUGAUGGUGAUGGUGCCCAACGAGAACGUGGCCGCCGUGGCCUCGGACCCGUCCAACGCGCUCCAGUGGGUGCGGGACAACGUGGCGGCGUACUACCCUGCCACGCAGAUCCACGCCGUGGCCGUGGGCAACGAGGUGUUCGACAUGAGGCCGGACCUCAACUCGGACCUCGUCCCGGCCAUGACCAACGUGCAGGCGGCGCUGGCGCAGCUGAACCUGGCCGACAACGUGAAGGUGACCACGCCGGUCGCGUUCGACGCGCUGGCGGAGUCCUGGCCGCCGUCGGCGGGCAGGUUCAAGGACAGCAUCGCGCAGCCGGUGAUGAAGCCCAUGCUCGACCUCCUCCAGCGGACGGGCUCCUACCUCUCCGUCAAUUACUACCCGUACCUGACGUACAUGGCUCAGCCAAACGCGUUCACCCUCGACUACGUCCUGGCCAACUCCAACCCCGGCGCGGUCGACCCGGACACCAAGCUCACAUACCACAACCUCCUGGACGCCCAGCGCGACGCCACGUACUACGCCAUGGACAAGCUGGGGUUCGCUAGUUUGGCCGUCGCCCACACGGAGCACGGGGCGCCGUCAGGUGGAGGGCUCCAUCACGCCCAAGGCGGCAGGAGGCUUCUACAGGCCGGGAACGGGGGCGCGGUGGCCUCGGUAGCCAACGCGCAGGCGUACAUCAACAACCUCAUGAACCGCGUGCUGGCCGGCAACAGGGGCACCCCGCACCGGCCGGACGCCGACAUGGACGUGUACAUCUUCGCCCUGUUCAACGAGAACCAGAAGGGCACCGGGGUCGACGACGUCGAGCAGCACUUCGGCCUGUUCUACCCCAACAUGCAGAAGGUGUACGAGUUCGACUUCCGCCGCCCCACCGGCGGCGGGGCGCCUGUGCAGCCGGCGACGCCCAGCUGGUGCGUGGCGAACGCGGGCGUCGGGGACGCGCGGCUGCAGGGGGCGCUGGACUACGCGUGCGGCCACGGCGCGGACUGCAGCGCCAUCCAGCCCGGCGGGUCGUGCUUCCUGCCGGACACCAAGGCCGCGCACGCUUCGUACGCGUUCAACAGCUACUACCAGAGCAUGAACCGCGCCGCCGGGGCGUGCGAUUUCAACGGCGCGGCCUCCAUCGUCUACCAGCAACCCACCAUGUGCGCCGCGACGGCGAGCUGGUGCGUGGCGAACGCGGGCGUCGGCGACGCGCGGCUGCAGACGGCGCUGGACUACGCGUGCGGGAACGGCGCCGACUGCAGCGCCAUCCAGCCCGGCGGGUCGUGCUUCCAGCCGGACACCAAGGCCGCGCACGCCUCCUACGCGUUCAACAGCUACUAUCAGAGCAAGCACCGGGCGGCCGUGGCGUGCGAUUUCAACGGCGCGGCCUCCAUCGUCUACCAGCAACCCACCAUGUGCGCCGCGACGGCGAGCUGGUGCGUGGCGAACGCGGGCGUCGGCGACGCGCGGCUGCAGACGGCGCUGGACUACGCGUGCGGGAACGGCGCCGACUGCAGCGCCAUCCAGCCCGGCGGCGCGUGCUUCCAGCCGGACACCAAGGCCUCGCACGCCUCCUACGCGUUCAACAGCUACUAUCAGAGCAAGCACCGGGCGGCCGUGGCGUGCGACUUCUCCGGCGCCGGCUCCGUCGUCUACCAGCAACCCAAGGUCGGGAACUGUGUGCUCCCGUCGAACGGCUGAUCGAUCAACGCUGCAGAAACAUCAAUGCAACAGCGAGGUCCGAACUGAAGGCCAUGAUGCUACCUAGAUAUAUAUCGGGAAACAUUCGUAUCAUUCUGUAAGGCGAACUAGACAAUAAAAAACCGGGACCUGCAAAUCGACCCGGGGUAUGUGUGUGUGUCCAACAGCAGUAGGCCAUGCCAUUGCUGAACUUCACCGCUAAUAAGACAGUGCGACGGCGUUCAGUUACUUUGUUAUCCCCUGGAUCCUACUUUUGCUUCUGAAUAGUGACGACAUA